AUGGAGCUCGAUCUUGCACCAAUGGAGUCAAGGGGAUACUGGAAGUAUCAUACUCCAGGAAAGUGGCUCAAGCAAUCGAAAGCAGUCGGCGAGAUUAACAAGGGGAAGGAAACUGUGCUGUUUGAUUCUGAAGCGGAUAAAUCGAUCAUCGACACAACCUUUGCUCGUUAG